AACCCAGGCAUCCUGAUGCCCAGCCCCCAUCCCUUUGUGCAGCGGGCGGAGCGCGGAGAGGGGGAGGGGAGGAAGCCGCCGGGCCUCUGGCUCCUUCCUCUUCCUCCGCGGGGAGGCAGGGCGGCCGGCCGGCCGGGCCGGGACACAGGCCAUGUUCGACACAGGCAGCCCCUCCCCCCGGAGCAGCCCCAGCAGCUCUCCGUCCCUGCGGAAGCGCCUACUGCUGCCCCCCCGGACCUCCCCAGAGCUCCCUGCAGAUGCCAUGGUGGAAAAGAGCACAGAGAGUGUCCCAGAGCGGGGCCCCUUGUCUGCCCCCCUCAACUACCCACUGAGUGCCAGGAGUUUCAUCCGCAACAGCAAGAAAGCGCAAAGCUGAUGCUGAGCCCCACGUACAAACAGCGCAAUGAGGAUUUCCGCAGGAUCUUCAAGGGGCUGCCGGAGAGCGAGCGGCUGCUUGUGGAUUACUCCUGUGCACUGCAGCGCGACAUCCUGCUCCAGGGGCGGCUCUACCUGUCGGAGAACUGGCUCUGCUUCUACAGCAACAUCUUCCGCUGGGAGACAACAAUCUCUGUCCCGCUGCGGGAGGUGAAAUGCCUGAAGAAGGAGAAGAUGGCCAAGCUGAUUCCCAAUGCCAUCCAGGUCUGCACUGCGGCCGACAAGCAUUUCUUCACCUCAUUUGGAGCCCGUGAUCGCUGCUUCAUGCUGAUCUUCCGUCUGUGGCAGAACGCGCUGCUGGAGAAGACGCUGUCUCCCCGGGAGCUCUGGCAUAUUGUUCACCAGGGCUACGGCGCUGAGCUCGGCCUCACCAGUGAGGACGAUGACUACGUCUGUCCUGUUCCCACUGACGAGCUCAAUGGCCUGGGGCCAGCCAGGGAGCUCAGUGACAUGGAGCUGAGAGACCUGGCCUUGCCCUGCGCUGCUGACCUCAAGCUGGAGCCCAGCCCCACGUUGGCCAGGACAGCUGCUAGUCAGAGCUUCCACUCAUUGGCUAGCAGCAGCGAUGGGGCCGCCUCGCUGGCAGAGGACCCCGAGGAGAAUGUGGACAGCCAGGCGGAUACUGCCUCCAACUGCACAGUGACACCGGGGCUGGAGCCCCCGAAGGCUGCGGUGCUGGGGGGGGCCCCGCUGCCUGCCCUGGGGGACCUGCUACCCCAUGAGGACCUCCCCACUGACACCAGCAACUCCUCCUCUUCCUCCUCCACGCAGGAUGAAGGGGAGGUGGACGCCUUCUCAGACCUGCCCGGGCGGCUGCUGCUGAACUGCGUCUAUUGCCUGGGGGCCGAGCGGCUGCAGCAGAUGCUCUUCAGCGACUCGCCGUUCAUGCAGAGUUUCUUGGGCCAGCGCAAGUUCACAGACGUGACGCUGACCUCAUGGAGUGGCAAGAGCAAGUGCCACCAGAGCCGUGUCCUCUCCUAUACCAUCCCCCUCAGCAACCCGCUGGGGCCUAAGGCAGCUGCUGUGGUGGAGACACAGACCCUGUUCCGUGCCAGCCCCGAUAGUGGUGCCUGCGUGGUGGACUCGGAGGUGAUCACGCAGGGCAUCCCCUACCAGGACUACUUCUACACUGCCCACCGCUACUGCAUCAGCACGCUGGCUACAGGCACGGCCCGCCUCAGAGUCUCCUCCGAGAUCCGGUACCGGAAGCAGCCCUGGAACCUUGUGAGAGCCCUGAUUGAAAAGAACACAUGGAGCGGCGUGGAGGAGUACUUCCAGCACCUGGGGUUGGCGCUGGCACGGGCGGAGAAGACGCUGCUGGAGGAGAGUGGCCAUGGGAUAGAGCCGCGGGGGCUGCUGGCUGGGCUGCGCCGCAGGAAGCGCACACUGGGCUGGAGGGCCCCCCAUGCUGAGCCCACCCUGGCCACACUGCCCCCCAGCGAGACGGGGCCCCGCACCCUGCGCCCUUCCAGCAGCCUGGCAGCCCGACUCUCCCAGCAGCUCAUGGAGCGGAGCCGGGGCCCCACCGUGUCCACCCUCAUCCUCAUCGUCAGCCUGGUGAUCUGUGUGAGCCUGCUGGUCCUGGUGGUUCUCAAUGUGAUGCUGUUAUACCGGCUGUGGGCGCUGGAGCACACAGCCCGCGCCUUCCAGGCCUGGCAGGCCUCCGCACUGGCCCGAGGGAAGCUGCCUCGGACAGCAGGCGAGUGGGCCGAGGUCCUAGAGCUGCAGCGGCGUUUCCAUGGUGCCGAGGUGCAGAAGUGGAGGCGGAUCCUGGAGGCCUCUGUGGAGCUGCUGGAUGAGAUGAAGGUCUCCCUGGAGAAGCUGCACCAGGGCAUCAUGAUGGCAGAACCGCCCCCGGAGCCAGGCCAGGCUGACGCCAUCUCCUGAAGCUGUGCUGGCCGCCAGGGGCCACGGGAGACUGAGCUGGAUCUGAGACUGCAGCUGGGUCAGCGCCGCCUGGACGCCACCUGCAGGCCGGCUCCCUCAGCCAGGUCAGCGUCACCCGGACGCCCCUCGUUGGCCAGCUCCCUCGGCCGGGUCAGCGCCGCCUGGACGCCACCUGCAGGCCGGCUCCCUCAGCCAGGUC